UAUUUAAAAAAUGUACUUUUGCGCAUUUAAAGACCAUUACAAUUAUUGCCAAGAUGGCUUUAAUAACCCAGAAGCACUAUUUUUACACACUCAGAUUUAUCACAUCAACUUGACAAAUUACACUUGUGGCCAGGUUGGUUGCGAGAGAACGUUUCAACGAUUAGACUCCUUUAAACGUCAUAUAAGGAACAUUCAUUCUCAUCAGCCGCAGAAUCCUUUACCUAACAUUUGUGCAGAAUUAUUAAAUGUAGAGCAGCCUUUAAUGGAUGUAGACUUAGUUGAAGACGUUGACUUACUUGAAGAAGACCCCUUACCACCACAACAUGAACCGAUUAACGAUUUACCGCAUAUUGGCAAUCAAUUAAAAAGAAUAACGUACAAAUAUUUGUCAAAAUUGCAUGUUGACAAAAGUCUGUCCCGUACAGCUAUUCAAAGGAUUAUCGAAAGUACCUCCGAGUUACUAUCUACUGUUGGAACCAUGUUAGAAAAUGAUGUAACUGCAACUGUUGAUACUCAGGAUAAUCUUCGAGAUAUUGUCUCUUUCUUAAAGAGUCCAUUUUCUAAAAAUGCAACAGAAUAUAAGAGGAUACAAUUGAUGGAAAAAACAGGAUUUUAUGUAGCUCCUAGAAAAAUAUUCAUUCGCCAAAGAAUCGAUGACAUAGUUGUCGACGGUACAAUUGUGAGAGUGCCGGUUGAAGUCACCAUAACGUUUGUGCCUUUACGGAUACUAUUCAAAACUAUUUUUAGUUCACCGAGAAUUUUUCAAAUUGCAAAUACAUAUAUGCAUCAGCAGAAUCAUCCUGAUAUAAUUGACGAUACAAUUCACACCUCUUCUUGGAAAACUAAACAGCGUCAAUUCUUUUCAGAUGAUAAAUUCGUAAUUCCUUUAUAUAUGUACUAUGAUGAAUUCGAAUGUAAUAAUCCAACCGGUUCUCAUACUGGAAUUCACAAAAUAAGUGCGGUUUAUGUAAGUCUUCGAUGUUUUCCAUUAGAAUUCCAAUCUCAAUUGAAUAGCAUUUUUGUAGCACUGCUUGCUCAUUACCAAGAUGUUGCAUCCGAAGGAAACGAAAUUUUUCGCGUCAUAGUUCAGGAACUAAUAUUUCUCGAAUCUGAAGGAAUCUCUGUUGAUCGAGGCAAUGGAGUAUCGCAAAAGAUUUAUUUUUCAUUGGCCAUGAUACUCGGUGAUAAUGCUGGUUUAAAUUCUAUUCUUGGUUAUUCAAGUUGUUCGAGUAAUUUUUUCUGUCGUAUCUGCAAGGGGCAUAAGCGCGACUUAUUGACAUGUAAUGAAGAAAAUGAACAUUUGCUACGCACCUUAGAAAAUUAUAAUGACGAUCUUAUAACUGACGAUUACAGAUUGACCGGGAUAAAAGAAAACUCAAUUUUUAACGAAAUUCCGUCAUUUCACGUCGUUAACAAUAAUGCUGUCGAUAUAAUGCACGACUUACUCGAAGGAGUGUGUAAAUAUGACAUGAUUCUUAUAAUAAACUAUUACACGACAGUUCGCAUGAUAUCUUUACAUACCAUAAAUUCUUGUAUUCAGUCUUUUAAUUAUGGAUACAUCGAAUCCGGUAAUAAGCCGCCAGUAAUAACUCAAGAUGCAUUAAGAAAGAAAAAUAUUAACAUUAAAGCCGCGGAAAUGAUGUGCCUUGUGCGAAAUUUUGGACUCAUGAUUGGGCAUCUUAUCCCGGAAGGCGAUAACGUAUGGUCACUGUAUACUACUUUGUGCAACAUAAUGGAUAUUGUUCUCGCGCCAUCUUAUCAAGUUGGUACGCACAAUUUAUUAAAAGUUCUCAUAAAGGAACAUCAUGAACUAUACGUCGACAUUUGUAGGCUAGUUCCGUGCUAUCAGGCUGAAUAUAACCUUACACCGAAAUUUCAUUUUAUGGUGCACUAUUGGCGCAUUAUCCAUAACUAUGGUCCUCUACGUAACUUCUGGUGCAUGAGAUUUGAAGGAAAACACAAAACAGGGUUACAAGUGGCUCGAAACUCCGCGA